GCCCAACGAAGUCCCAAGCGAGACGACUAAACCUAACCUAAACCCCUCGACGCAGCCGCCGGCGGAGGCAGGUGGGAAUGGCGGAGCACGCCGGCGGCGGCGGCGCGCCGGCGGGCGUCCGCGUGGAGGCAGAGUCGGCCUCCGAGCCGCGGGGCGCCACAGGCAGGGGCAGCAUGUCGCAGGACGACUGCGUCGCCGGCAUCCGCUCGGCGCUCAAGCAUCCGACGGUGCGGUUCCUGAGGGAGCGGAUGGAGAAGGCUGGGUGCCUGGUGUGGCCGCGGCUCAUCCAGGCGGCCACCUGCUCCUCUGCCGGCGGCUACGCUAGCCGUGAAGGGGUAAAAGUUUGCUGUAAUCACAUGACAUUUCAAGAUGAGAUAAACCAGGUCAUUAUUCAUGAACUAAUACAUGCUUAUGAUGACUGCGUUGCCAAGAAUAUGGACUGGAAGAAUUGUGCUCACCAUGCUUGCUCUGAGAUCCGAGCUAAUCAUCUUAGUGGCGAUUGCCAUUACAAACGUGAAUUGUUGCGCGGCUUCAUGAAGAUAAGGGGUCAUGAGCAAGAAUGUGUCAAACGGCGGGCUCUGAUGUCUGUCAAGAACAACCCAUACUGCUCAGAGGCCGCUGCAAAAGAUGCAAUUGAAGCUGUAUGGGAUAUAUGCUACAAUGACACGCGCCCAUUCGAUAGAGCUCCAUGAAAUCUUUUCACAAGUGGGAUACGCGAGCUACCUUUGUGCGCACCUGCUGGGAUAGUUUUGAUUCCCUUCAGAAAACUGUAGUUCAGCGAAAUGCGACCACAAAGUGCAGAAUCUUUCUGCUGGAGCGAAAGCUCUGUUACAUCACGACAUGAGUCUGUGAACAUUGUAACGAAUCAGUUCGUGUAAUUCAAUUCUUUUGCAUGACAUACCGUGACAAAGUUCAAUAAGAUCAGCAGGAAAUUUUGCGCAA